AUCUACAGAAAAAAGUAAGGCUGAGUAUAAAUUACAUGGCCUGCAGCUUACAGACGCUGUAUAGAAAAACUGACAAACAGACAGGAUGAAUGUGCAUCUGCUUUGUUUGACUGUCGUUCUUCUCUCCUCACCGCUCCUAACACUAUGUGACCCACUAUUUGUUCUGUCGGCUCCCAAUUUAUUGAGGGUGGGUUCCUCAGAGAAUGUGUUUGUGGAGGCUCAAGAUUACAAUGGAGACAACCUGAAUGUGAAGAUUGUAGUGAAGAACCAUCCACGCAAAAAUCAGGACAUCGUUUCUGAAACAGUGACCCUGACUGCGGGCAACAACUAUCAGCUCCUUACAAAAAUAAAGAUACUUGAUGAAAAAAAAUUUUUCACCGACGAUCCUCUGGAGAAGCAGUAUGUGUAUCUACAAGCUCAUUUUCCUUCCGAAGUUUUGGAGAAAGUAGUCAUGGUCUCGUUUCAGUCUGGAUAUAUAUUUGUACAAACAGACAAACCCAUCUACACACCGGGUAGCACAGUUCAAUACCGGAUUUUCUCUCUGACUCCAAACCUGCACCCACUAAGUCAAUCUGUUAUCUCAAUGGACAUCAUGAAUCCACAAGAACUCACAGUCUCAACAAAGAAGGUAUUUCCAGCGCAAGGGAUGAAUUCCGAAGAAUAUCAAAUCCCAGAGGUUGCCAGUUCUGGGAUCUGGAAGGUGGUCACACGGUACGCAAACACUCCACAGAAGACAUUCACUGCGGACUUUGAAGUCAAAGAAUAUGUGCUUCCAACUUUUGAAGUCACUUUAAACCCCAGAAAGGCAUUUUUCUAUGUUGGUGAUGAAAGUCUAACAGUGGACAUAACUGCAAAGUAUCUGUUUGGGCAGAAGGUAGAUGGACAAGCAUUUGUGCUGUUUGGUGUAAUGGAAGAAGAUAUCAAAACAAGCAUUGCUGCCUCUCUAAAAAGAGAACCGAUAAUAAAUGGAAUGUGUGAAGUAGUUCUGACCAGGGAGAUGAUCCUUAAGACCUUUCCAAACAUGAAUCAGCUGGUUGGAAAGUCGAUCUUUGUUUCAGUCAGUGUUUUAACAGAGACCGGCAGUGAAAUGGUAGAAGCACACAGAAGGGGCAUUCAGAUUGUGACAUCACCAUACACCAUCCACUUCAAGAGGACACCUCAGUUCUUCAAACCUGGGAUGCCUUUUGAUGUCUCGGUUUACGUGACAAAUCCUGACCAGACACCUGCUGUAAAUGUGCCAGUAGAGGUCAACCCUGGAGGAGUCAGAGGUCAAACAAAAGCUAAUGGCAUUGCAAAAGUCACCAUCAAUUCACAUGGAGAAUCUUCAAUACUGCAGAUCACCGUAAAGACAAUAGACCCAACAUUACAAGCUGAACAGCAGGCAGUGAAGACAAUGACAGCUCAGGCCUACGUCCCCAAAACCAACAACUACCUGCAUGUUGGCAUUGAUGCUGCAGAGCUUGAAAUUGAUGAUCAAAUGAAAGUCAAUCUGUACACUGGACAAAGCCCAGGAGUCAAAGAUCAAGAUUACACAUACAUGAUCACCAGUAAAGGGCAGAUUGUGAAGGCAGGCAGGUUAAUGAGAAGAGGACAGUCUUUGGUGACUCUGUCUCUACCUGUAACCAAAGACAUGGUGCCGUCCUUUCGCUUUGUGGCUUAUUAUCAUGUGGGUACAAAUGAGGUGGUGUCUGAUUCAGUCUGGGUUGAUGUGAAGGACACUUGCGUGGGAAGGCUUGAACUUCAGGUAAAGAACAAGGCCAAUCAUUACAGCCCAGGUGAUGACUUCAGCUUGCAAAUAACCGGAGACCCUGGAGCUAAAGUUGGACUGGUGGCAGUAAACAAGGCUGUGCAUGUGCUCAACAAGAACAGAUUAACUCAGUCUAAGAUCUGGGACAUCAUUGAGAAACAUGACACUGGUUGUACAGCAGGCAGUGGUAGAGACAGUAUGGGGGUUUUCUAUGACGCUGGUUUGAUGUUUGAGUCCACUGCUGGGGGAACCAGCAUCAGAACAAUGCCUGAAUGUCCUGUCCGUUCAAGGAGAAGACGGAGAUCUGAGGAAGAUGAUGAUGACUAUUAUACAUCAUCUGAUGAGAUUGUGUCACGGACACUCUUCUCUGAGAGUUGGCUUUGGAAGGAAGUAACUCUCCCCGCUUGCAAAGACAAAAACUGUUUAACAACAUCAUUCACCAAAGAAAUAAUCUACCUGAAAGAAUCUAUCACUACUUGGCAAAUCUUAGCGGUCAGCCUGUCAGACACGAAUGGUAUCUGUGUGGCAGAUCCUCAGGAGAUGAUCAUUUUUAAGAAUUUUUUUAUCGACCUCAAGAUGCCGUACUCAGCCGUUCGCAAUGAGCAACUGGAAAUCAAAGCCAUUAUUCACAAUUAUACCCCACAGAAGAAGAAGGUGCGCGUAGAGUUUAUGGAGACAGAAAGUGUUUGCAGUUCUGCUAGUAAGAAGCGUAAAUACCGUCAAGUGGUUGAAGUCGACCGCUUUUCUACAAGAUCUGUUCCAUUUGUGAUUAUUCCAAUGGAGCUGGGCAAUCACCAGAUUGAGGUAAAAGCUGCAGCAUAUGAUUCUGUCAACAGUGAUGGAGUGAGGAAGACCCUGAAGGUGGUGUCUGAGGGUGUAUUAAAGGAGCUGAUGGAGAGAAAUGUGGAGCUUAGUCCUUUUACGAAGGAAGGUGGAGAACAACAUGAAGUUAUACGAACGGACGCACCACCUGACCGGGUUCCAGACACACCUGCUAGCACUCUCAUCACUGUUACUGCCCAUUCAGGUGAGGCGAUCAGUCAAACAUUCGAGCAGGCCAUCAGUGGAGAUUUCAUGGGUCGACUUAUUCUUCAGCCAGAUGGGUGUGGAGAGCAGAACAUGAUCAACAUGACUCUUCCUCUCAUUGCCACUCAUUAUCUGGACAGCACCAAUCAGUGGCACACCGUCGGCAUGGAGCGCCGUAAUGAAGCUAUUAACCAUAUCAACACAGGUUAUCAGAGAGAGCUGAGUUACCGCAAAGCAGAUGGGUCCUACGCUGCGUGGAUAGACAGAGCCAGCAGCACAUGGCUGACAGCAUACGUAGCUAAAAUCUUUGCAAUGGCCAAUCACCUCAUUGCUGUCGAAGAAAAUGUGCUCUGCAGUGCCCUCAAGUGGUUGGUGCACAACAAACAAUUACCAGACGGGUCUUUCAAAGAGGAUGCACCUACAGUUCAUGGGGAGAUGGUUGGUGAUGUACGGGGCAAAGAUGCUGAUGCUUCUCUCACUGCGUUUGUUCUGAUCGCCAUGCAAGAGGGCGAAAUCUGUGCCAAAUCAGUCGCUAGUCUUCAUGACAGUAUGAGAAAGGCGAUUGUCUUUUUGGAAGGUAAACUUCAAAAACUGACCAAUCCUUAUGCUGUUGCAAUGACGUCCUACGCCAUGGCCAAUGCAGGAAAACUCAACGAUGAAAUGUUGAUGAAGCAUUCCACUAAACAGGAAGCUGGAACCGCUUGGAUUGUCCCGGGACAACAUUAUCAUUCUCUAGAGGCCACGGCCUAUGCUGUGCUCGCUCUCGUAAGAGCAAAACAAUACGACAAAGCGGGAGAAGCUGUGCACUGGCUGGCGAGACAACAAUCUCACUAUGGUGGUUCUGGCACCACACAGGCAACCAUCAUGGUAUUCCAGGCAGUAGCUGAAUAUCGCACACAGGUAAAGAACGAGCAAAACUUCAAUUUGGAUGUGGAGCUGAGUGUGGCAGGAACACGCAAACCAGUCAGAUGGUCAAUCAGUAAAGAUAACGCACACGUCACACAUUCAGAAAAGAUUGACAUAAAUAAGAACUUCAAUGUAACUGCUAAGGGAACUGGAACGGCGACUCUAUCUGUGCUUACCCUGUACUACGCCAAACCUGCUGAGAAGAUUUCUGACUGCAAACACUUUGAUCUAAGUGUUAAAAUUGAACGAGAAAGUGUCGUGAACUAUCCAGGGGCUGAAGAAAGUUACGUGUUUACUAUGGAGUUCUUCUACAAAAACGAAUUAAGAGAUGCCACCAUGAGUAUACUGGAUGUGGGCUUACUGACAGGGUUUAAAGUGGAUGAAAGAGAUCUCACAGAGUUGGCCACAGGGAAAGACCGAUUCAUUCAGAAAUUUGAGAUGGACAAAGAGCUCUCAGAGCGUGGGUCACUCAUUCUCUACGUAGAUAAGGUCUCUCGAACAGACAGAGAAAGAAUUGCCUUCAGAAUGCAUAAGAUGAAUAAUGUGGGUUUGCUUCAACCUGCUGCAGUCACCAUAUAUGAAUAUUAUUCACCAGAUGCACGCUGUACAAAGUAUUACCAUCCUGAAAAGGAAGAUGGCGCUCUAAGCAGAUUAUGUCUUGGAGAUUUGUGCCAUUGUGCAGAAGAAAACUGCAGUUAUCAGAAUAAAUACAAGGUUGAAGAAGAGGAACGUUUGGAUAAGGCUUGUGAAGCUGGCAUGGAUUAUGUUUAUAAAGUCACAGUGGUGGCUAUGAAUCUGGCGAAACACUCAGAUGUCUAUAAAAUGAAAGUGGAGCAGGUGUUAAGAGAAGGCACUGAUAAAGAAAUUGUAGGAAAGGUGAGAGACUUCCUGGCUCAUCCCAAUUGCAGAAAUUCUUUGGGAUUCCAAGUAGGCAAGUCAUAUCUCCUCAUGGGCAAAUCCACUGACCUGCCCAAGCCCGAGGCAAGAAUUCAGUACAUCUUGGGUGAGCAGACCUGGAUCGAGUACUGGCCCACAAGAACAGAGAGUGAAACAGCAGAACAUAGAGACAGAUACCUGGGCAUCAUUGUACUCGCCUAUAAACUCUUUACAGAAGGAUGCAGCAUAUAAUUAUAUAUUAUGUUUUUUAUUUGUUUCUUUGUUUUUUCAGAAAAUUAAACAUCUUCCAAUUACAUUCUUAUAGUAUACAUGUUAGAAAGUAUUGUUUGUCAAAAUACUUUGUUUAAUUUCACAAUAAAGGUUAAUUUAAUAGAAAA